UCCUCCUCCUCUUCCUCCUCCUCUCGGCGGAUAACGGUGCCCAAGAAGUUAUUCAGGACAGACAAUAGCGCCGAGUCCGUCCGUCCAGCUCCGAUCCUCGGCCAUCACUGCUCAUUAAUGCUGCCCGCGUUGAGCCACAAAGAGGAAAACUGUCGGCUGAGAUCCCAUCAUGGAGGAUUUGGGAGUGCCUGAGCCACCUAACUACCCUCUCAGUCCUCGUAUUGUUGUGUUUGAUGCCCUUCUUGCUGAUCUGGAGAACACCAGCUCUCCUCUACCUCGGUGUCCCGUCCUGCUCACCUCCGACCCUCCACAAAAUGCUGAUCCGACCACCCAGGACCCAGCUCAGACUCGGCCGCCACCUCCCGCCUACACACCGCAGCAGACUGUUUCUUCUGCAAUGAAAUCCUCGCAGAACUCCACCCCAGACAAAUUAUACAGCACAGUGUGUAAACCACGAUCUCCCCGCACAGCAGAUCCUCCUCCAGCCUUCUCCUCCUCCUCGCUGCUGGGUGGAGGUCUGAGCGAACUGGACCAUCUGCUACAGGAGCUAAACGCGACACAGUUUAACAUCACAGAUGAGAUCCUGGCUCAGUUCCCUUCUUCUAAGAAAGAUGAGCGGGACAAGAUCAAGGAUAAAGCCGCAACCUCCUCCAGCUCUGUGAAGCCUUCGGCAACAUCCGCCACCCUGGAACUGGACAAACUGAUGGCUUCGCUGUCCGACUUCAGAGUCCAGAGCACACCAGCUGUGCCCGUCACUCCAGUGGUUACGGCACCGCAGCAACCCGCCGCCCCGCCGCAGCCCUCGUCUGGAGGCUCGUUGGACAGCAUGCUGGGGCUCCUCCAAUCAGACCUGAGCCGGCAAGGAGUGCAAACAUCCUCAAAGGGGAACUGCUCGGCGUGUCAGAAGCCAGUAGUUGGACAGGUGGUGACGGCUCUCGGGAAGGUUUGGCAUCCGGAGCACUUUGUGUGCACCGAGUGCGAGACGGAGCUGGGGAGUCGCAACUUCUUCGAGAAGGACGGCCGGCCGUACUGCGAGUCGGACUACUUCACCCUCUUCUCCCCGCACUGCGCGCACUGCAACAAACCCAUACUGAACAAAAUGGUCACCGCUCUGGACAAGAACUGGCACCCGGAGUGCUUCUGCUGCGUUAAGUGCAGCCGCGCCUUUGGAGAGGAAGGUUUCCAUGACCGUGAGGGCCAGCAGUACUGCCAGCAGUGCUUCUUGACUCUGUUUGCGUCUCGCUGUCAAGGCUGCAGUCAGCCCAUUCUGGAAAACUACAUCUCAGCUCUCAACUCUCUCUGGCACCCGCAAUGCUUCGUAUGUCGGGAGUGCUACAGCCCCUUCGUCAACGGCAGCUUCUUUGAACAUGAGGGGAAGCCGCUGUGUGAGGCCCACUACCACCAGUCCCGCGGCAGCAUGUGUCAGGCCUGCCAGCAGCCCAUCCUGGGCCGCUGCGUCACCGCCAUGGGAGCCAAGUUCCACCCGCACCACCUCGUGUGUCACUUCUGCCUGAAGCCGCUGAGCAAAGGCUGCUUCAAGGAGCAGGAGAACAAACCGUACUGCCACCCCUGCUUCAUCAAACUGUUCGGCUGAGGACGCUGCAGGACUCGAGCCUCCCCUCCCCCCCACGUCCUCCGUGAAGCGAAGAAGCUGUGUGACUCUCAAUUAGUUAGUGUUUCUACUGCGGGAGUGAGGGUGGAGCUGGUCUCUUUGUUGGUUUUCAGAAUAUUUGAGGAAGGGGAAAAAGAGAAAAUCAUCCAACCCAACUGGUUUCUGUUUAUUUGACUCAAAAUAAAGGACUGCAUUUGGACUGUGUGAAACAAAAGUCCAGCAUUGGUUCGACAGACACACACACAAAAAACCACAUUAUGUCAUGUAUGUAGACUUUUUACAUACUGUAUUAAUUCAAAUUGAAUAUUGAAAAUUGAGUUCUUUUUGCCAAAGGUAGAAAAAGAAACUGUACUGAGAGCAAAUUUAUUGUUUCAAUUAUGGACUUGUGCUGUUGUGCAAGAAAAUCCCCUUUAAUAUAUUUGCUUUAUAUUGCAAAAAGUAUACGUGUCACUGCAAUUGCUUUUAUAUAUUGUAUGCUGACUGCUAUAUAUGUUUAUGUGUAGCAAACUGAAGUAUCACAUGUUUAAAGUCAGAUAUUUUGCAUUAUUCAGUCACUCUUGCUCUAUGCAAAUAGCCAAAGACGAUUCCAAAGAAUAAAAUAAACGUGAACACAC